GAUCGGCCAGUGUUCAUGACUACUGGAGACUUCACAAUAGGAGGGAUUUUUCCUUUGCAUUAUAGAGUAGAGCUUCCUCCAACAGACUACAUAAAGAGACCCUUAGCAGCACAGUGUCAAGGGUUUGAUCCAAGGGCCUUCCGCUGGGCUCUCACAAUGAAGCUUGCAGUGGAACAGAUAAACCACAGAAAAGACCUCCUGCCCAACCGUACUCUGGCCUACAAAAUAUUUGACUCCUGCGCCACUCCUGUGACAGCUCAGAAAGCAGUCCUGGCCGUACUGAACGGGCAUGAUAUUGUUUCAGCUUUUAUUUGUUCUAAAACUGGUAAUUUAUUAGGAUUAGUAGGGGAAUCUGGUUCCUCACAGUCCAUUGUUGUCUCUAGAACUCUGCAGCCUUUCAGAAUACCAAUGAUAAGCUACUUCUCAACCUGCUCUUGUCUAAGCGACCGAAAGCAGUUCCCAACAUUUUUCCGAGUGAUACCCAAUGAUGAUUACCAGGUCAAAGCUAUAGCACAGCUCUUAAAGAAGUUCGGCUGGACAUGGAUUGGCGUGGUCACUGAAGAUCAUGACUACGGCAAGUUUGCUUUACAGGGCUUGAAACGAGAAAUUGAAAACACUGACAUUUGUUUAGCUUAUCAUGAAAUGAUCCCAAAAGACUACACCCGAGAAAAAGUCCUUAGGAUUUUAAAAGUAAUGAAAGAAUCCACAGCUAAGGUUGUAGUUGUUUUUUCAGGAGAGGGUGAAUUUUAUCCAUUCUUGAGAGAGUUUAUGAUUCAGAAUAUCACAGGAAUUCAAUGGAUUGCAAGUGAGGCUUGGGUUACAGCCUCCAUUUUAGCAGAAUCCUAUCCAUUCUUACACGGCACAACUGGGUUUGCGAUUCGUCAAGGACACAUUCCAGGUUUGGAGGAUUAUCUCAAAACAGUGAAUCCAGAAGAAUAUCCGUCUAACCCUCAGGUUCAGGAGCUUUGGGAAGCUCUCUACGGCUGUUCUCCUUCUAUCAGUUUAAACAGUCAUCUGCCCUCCUGUACAGGGAAAGAGACGCUCAGAGAAGAGCAUUCUGCAUACAUGAACACAUCUAGCCCUCGUGUCAGCUAUAAUGUGUAUAAAGCGGUGUACGCCUUUGCUCAUUCUCUACAUAAUCUCAUUCACUGUACACCUGGAAAUGGACUGUUUGAGAAUUUCUCAUGUGCAGAUUUCAACAAUGUGUUUCCAUGGCAGCUACAGCAUUAUUUACAGGAAGUGUCCUUCUCUGUUUCUGGAGAAGAAGUUAAUUUUGAUAUCAAGGGGGAUUCAAUUCCAUCAUAUGAUUUGAUAAACUGGCAAAGACACACAAAUGGAGAUAUUCAGUUUAUUAAAGUGGGUCUCUAUGACACAGCACAGCAUGCUGGGAAAGAACUGGUGAUUGAGGAGCAGGCCAUCAUGUGGUCUAACCAACACAAUAAGGUGCCUGUAUCUGUGUGCAGCAACAGCUGUACUCCAGGAUUUAGGAAGGCUGUCCGUCGUGGGCAGCCUCUGUGCUGCUUUGACUGUGUUCCAUGUGAUAUUGGCAAAAUCAGUAAUCAAACAGAUUCAAUAGAUUGCCUGUCAUGCCCUGAAGAUUACUGGUCCAAUAUGAACAGAACAAUGUGUGUGCCGAAGGUAGUUGAGUUUCUCUCCCAUGAUGCAAUGGGAAUCACCCUGACUGUGAUAGCUGUUGUGGGAGCGUUUCUUACUAUCACAGUGCUCUUGAUAUUUUUGUACAACAGAGGAACGCCUAUAGUCCGAGUGAAUAACUCAGAGCUCAGUUUCUUCAUCCUGUUAUCUUUGACUCUGUGUUUUCUGUGUGCUUUGGUGUUCAUUGGAGAACCCACAUCCUGGUCCUGCAUGCUCAGACACACUGCCUUCAGCAUCACCUUCUCUCUCUGCAUCUCCUGCAUCCUGGGAAAGACUUUAGUGGUAUUAGCAGCGUUCACAGCUACUCGACCUGGAAACAAUAUCAUGAAAUGGUUGGGCCCCACACAGCAGAGAAUCAUCAUCUUCAGCUGCACUUUAGUUCAAGUGUUGAUAUGUACUGCCUGGCUUGUAGUGUCCCCACCGUUCCCCUAUAGAAACACUAAAUAUCAACAGUCUAAGAUCAUCCUGGAUUGCAGUGUUGGCUCUGAUAUGGCCUUCUGGUGUGUGCUGGGAUAUAUCGGCCUCCUGGCCUGUGUUUGCUUUUUUCUGGCUUUUUUGGCUCGAAAGUUGCCGGGCAAUUUUAAUGAGGCCAAGUACAUCACUUUCAGCAUGCUUAUUUUUUGUGCUGUGUGGUUGGCUUUUGUACCUGCAUAUGUCAGUUCACCUGGAAAAUUCACAACAGCUGUAGAGAUUUUCGCUAUUUUAGCUUCAAGUUUUGGUCUGCUGCUCUGCUUAUUUGCUCCAAAAUGCUACAUAAUUUUACUAAAGCCUGAAAAAAACACCAAGCAGCAUUUAAUGGGAAAAGUAGCAAAAUAA